AUGGUGCAAGACACAAAAGAGAAGAUUGCACUCAUCCGGAAGCAAAUGCUCACUGCCCAAAGCCGACAAAAAAGUUAUGCGGAUAAGCAUCGCCGCAAACUUGAGUUCGAAGUUGGAGACCUUGUGUACCUCAAGGUAUCGCCAAUGUGGGGUGUAUGGCGUUUUGGCAAUAAGGGCAAGCUAAGUCCAAGGUAUGUUGCACCCUUCCAAGUAUCAAAGCGAGUAAGCCCUCUUGCGUACAAGGUAAAAAUGCCUCCUAGCUUGGCAGGCAUCAACUACGCCUUCCACGUCUCUCCAUUGCGAAAUUGUGUUCACGGUCCCUCACAUGUGAUAGGCUACGAGAGUCUUGAUAUUCAACCAAACUUGACAUAUGAAGAGCUGCCCGUGCAAGUGUUGGAUCACAAGGAACACCAACUAAGGACCAAAACCAUCCCAUUAGUGAAGUUUCUAUGGCGGAACCACAGCAUAGAAGAAGCCUCGUGGGAGCUUGAGCAAGAGAUGCAGAAGCGAUUUCCUCAUCUAUUCGAGUAA